UGGUCCUCAGUAGACAGUCACUAUACUGUAGAGAAUAUAGCAGCCGCAAUGGGAGUUACAAGCAAGUUUUCCGGUUUAUUAUUACCUGCAGAAUUUCGUUAAAGAGAGAUCCUCUUGUUUUGUCUGUUUACAUUUUUGUUUUUAACGUUUCCCAGUGAGAUGUUGAUAUUGUUAGAAAGCCGGUAAGAUCUCAUAGUCCUCUUAUGAGAGCGACCUAAUCAGCAUCACACAAAGGGAACCACGGAACAAGUUCUUAUAAUAGGCCGACAAUUUUUUCUUUGAAUGUCUUAGAAACGUAGGGACUGUUUCUAUUACGGAAUGGAUCACUUUGCAGCAGAGUGCCUUGUUUCCAUGUCCAGUCGUGCAAUUGUCCAUGGCCCUAAAGGGAAUAGAGAGAUAAAACCAGAAACUGCGACUGCUCCCAGGAACGGAGAGGAGAUUAAAGAACCUUUGGUAAAAGACAAUUCCUCUCUCUUUGUGGUGGCUAGAAUUUUGGCGGAUUUCAACCAGCAAACCCCCAACAAUUUCGCCGAUCAGGCAAAAAUAAAGGAGGAAAGCCUAGCGCCACCGAAUAUAACGAAAGAUGAUGGAAACUCUGCCACACCUACCACCAUCUCCGACCCUACGCUCAAACAAAGAGGCAAACGAUUGAGAGGUCGAAUUGAGCACGAAUCACCCCAGAAAAAGCACAAAUGCCAUUAUUCAGGGUGUGAAAAAGUUUAUGGGAAAUCAUCCCACCUCAAAGCUCACCUAAGGACACAUACAGGUGAGCGUCCUUUCCCCUGCACCUGGCCAGACUGCAGCAAGAAGUUUGCCCGUUCGGAUGAACUGGCACGCCACUACCGCACGCAUACGGGGGAAAAAAAAUUUGGAUGCCCACUCUGCGACAAGCGCUUCAUGCGCAGUGACCAUCUGAUGAAACAUGCUCGCCGUCACUCGAAUUUCCAGCCUGGCAUGCUGAAAAGGUCUCAUGGAGGGGCCGGUAGCAGUGCCACGUGUCCUGGAUCGCUUAGCGACUACAGCCGCUCCGAUGCCUCCAGCCCCACCCUCAGUCCCACCCUCAGCCCAGCCAACUCGCCUUAAACCCAGACGCACUUUCCGCCUCUUGCUCCCGAGGCCUGUCUUCUCCUCAUAGCACCCGUGUUGCACAGUCGUUAGCAACGCCCCUUUGCUAAUCCCGCUCUUGCUGUGGUGUACUAUAAUGUACAUAACUGCUUGUUGUAGUGCAAUUCCUUGUUUUAUCCUAAGGUAAUGCCUUUCCCAGAUGGCAAUAUUCACAUCCUGUACAAUAUGUCUGUAUUUUUCUAGCUACUGGCCAUGGCAAGUUGUCCCUUGUGUUGUAUUUCUCUUUUUCAUCUAAGGUUUAGAAGAACAAAAAUCUAAAAAAACAGACUGACAGGCCGAUUGAAUCAUUUUAGUAGAAACGGGUGAUGGGAAGAGGUAUACACAUACACCUCAGGACUGAAGAUAGUUGCUUCUUCUAAGUACUCACCUUGACUGCACAAUACAAGCAUCACUUUACUCUGAAAUUCAACAGAGGUUGAAUUUUGCGCCCUGCUCAGGGAUGGCCUCGUUAGCUUGCAAGAAUGAACACAAUGAAGAGAAACGUACAUUAAGCAGCCUUACACUCAACAAGAUUUGCACUCUUUCCUUUAGUUAUUCACCUUUAGGAGAAAUAGGUCCAGUCUCAAAGUCAUUAUAACUCAAUGUGUUUCCUGCCUUUCUGUAGAAAGAUAUAGUUAAAAUGGUGAGGAUGGAACUCAGAUGAAAUGGCAUUGUGUUGUGACAAUGGAAAAGAUGUGUGCUUAAUAUCUCCUGCAAACAAGAAUAUCCCCAAGUUCUUUAGCUCUGUGUUCUGCCAUUUGAACUGAUUUGAUUUCUAAAGGUUCAAAUCAAAUCGACAAAUGAUGUCAUGCAUAAUUGAAGUCAACCAGCAAUGAGAAGAUAACAGUGAGUGCUGGAACACUCACAUAAAAAAUAAAUAAAAAAAAGAAUUCCCCCCAACACACACAAAAAUGGAGAAAAUCUAGUUUCAAAGCAACUGUUUCUUUAAAAAGCACUGUGCAGUGAUCAACACUAAUAUUUCACACAAUAAUACAGAGAAAGGGACUCAUACUGCACAUGAAAGGAAUUGCAACCCUUACACAAGCGCAUGGAGAAAUCACCAGAGACAGGAGUGAAAGAGGGUUAUAUUCUCAGCCUGUCUUUACUAGGCCUGAGCCUGGCUGUUGUCAAUCUCUCAGGUAGAACCAGACGCCCUGCCCACUUCCCCCCUUACCGCUGCCUGGCGUGGCCCUCCACAGAGGAAACGUCUGCAUCCCACAGGCAGCUAUUCAUAGCCCACAGGAGGAGUGGCAAAAUGCCAUUCCUUUGGAAUAUUCCUUGCCUGGCUGGCUCUACUUGCCUAUCAGUUGAGGCAGAGAAAGCGAGAACAGCGCAGAGCCCACAGCACUCAAACCACAAUGAGGCCCCUAACCUGACCACCAGCGGAUACAUGUAGGCCAGGGUGUUACAGAGCAUGCCGGGCCAGGUCAAAGCAGGGAUGGGUUUUGGCCAGUGGGGAACACCAGAUCAGUAUAAACAAAACAGCUGUCUGUAAGAGGCAAAAGGCUGGCCAGGUUCAGAGGUCCCUUGAUAAAGAGGUUUGUCACAGGCUUAUCAGUCCAAGAGAUGAGACCAUCAGAAUGCCCAUCUCCACCCUUCCUCCCCUCCCAACAAACGUAGAUGGGUAUCUGUAGAAGGAGAAAAAGAGCUGAGAAAAUAAUAUGACCUAAACAUUAUCCAGCUUUAUCCUGAGCAUAGAGAGUACUUCCCAAAACACUGUGAGGAGACAUAUUUAAGGUGCACACAGACCAGAAUACAACGCUUCUUCAACUGUAGAGCUUUGUAACAGUUGCUUUCAAACUUCACUCUGAACCAGUGCAACCAAAAUGACAGCAUAUCAGACAAGAUUAAGUGCUCUGAUAUCCCUUGACAAAGCUGACUUGUGUUCACAGGCACAGACAUGCAUCCCUAAUUCAGGCUAAAGGCACUGUUGAUCUUCCUGAAAAAGGUCACCACUGUCCAAACUCUGUCAGUCCAUGUUAUACACGUGUACUCUUGAUGCUGAAUCACUAGGGUAGAGAAUGAUCUCAUCCUACUCCCUUUAACGUGCCUAGAAUUCUACCCAUCUCUCAUGUGACCAUUCAAAAUGCAGUACCCUUGUCCUAUAUCCCCCAUCCCUCUGUCAUAUAUGCUCCCUAAGCCCUUUUUUCUCUGUAAAUUAGACCUAGCAGACUGGUAGCCAGACUGGUAGAUGGGUAUAUGGGUAUAGAGUUUUUCAGCCAAAGAAGCAGGUGUAGGACUCUGAAUAGCAGGCCUUGUCCCUGGGUCUCCCUACUGGGCUGGUCUCUCCAGUCUCUGAAAAAAGGAACACAUAAUAUCCCGCUCUAUCACAUCCUUCAGAAAGAAAACAUCCCUUAUUUAGAUCAAAUUAAUGGGCAUGUUCAAUGGGACACUCACUUGAAGAUUAAUUUAAAUAGUUUCCAAGCUGCAAGAUGACACUUUGAAUGCCAUUGUUCAACUGCCAGCUCCCAGUGAAAGACUAUGUGAGCAGGAAUGUCUCAUUCUAGUUAGCUGUCUCAGUUCCAAAUCCAUUGUGCAAGUUUCUGCAUAUUUUUCCCAUCACACUAUUUUGUUAUUUUUACCUGCUAUUUAGUUACCUUGGUUUGUAGCACAAUUAUUUCAACAUAUUGAAUUCCUGUGAUGCAUUUUAAAGUGAACAUUUUACUGUUGUCUAGAAGGUCUUAAAUUCUAUUGUACAGCACAUACAUAUAAAGAAACACAUCCUAUUGUUGCGAGACUGUCACUUCCUUGUCAAACAGGGUACAUUAAUAAUUGUAUUAAUCCUAAUCUGCACAUUUACCUCAGGGUCAAAGUCAGCAGGGCAAAUUUGGACUGUUUGCCUAUUUUAAUCAGUUAUUAGUCAGUGCACGGAUACAGCAUCUACCAGCCUUUCUGGUGCUCUUGAGUGCUUAAUCGUCACUGCUGGUCAGUGGUUAACAAACACUGGUGACACAAAGACCUCAGAGCAGACCAAGCCCUUUCCUGUUUGCUUGUACCUUCAGUACCUCCAACCCAGUCUGUCUAGAAGACACCGGUGCAAUGGAGAUGUUCCCUGUGGAACGCCCCUUUGAAAUACCUUCCGUCCUGUAGUGUCAAUGGAUUUAUACAGAGCUCCUACUAUUAUACUGAGAUCAAAUACAAGAUGGUGGUAAAUCUAGUCUAUCCAUCUUUGCGCAUUAUCAUUGACAUGCACAGGCAACUGUAGAUCUCUGGACGUUGUGUUUUAGACAAGUUUCUUUUGUUUUCACUGUACCAAAACUACUUGAAAUGAAAUAUGAGAGGUCAUCGAACACAUACAUGUCCAGUUUUACUGUACUUGCAGAACAACAUUCAUAUUAAUUCUACAGAAUGGGGUUUAUAGACUCCAAGUUUCGAUCAUUAAAUGUACAUAUUAUUCCUCUAUUUUGUUGUAUUUUCCUUUUUCUUUGUUCAGGUUUCAUUUAAAUAUUAUUUUAACCAUUGAUUUGAGAGUGUCACGGCAUUAUGUUAUUGUAGCUUUUUUGCUAUGCUGUGUCAGUUUUUUUUACUCAUUUUUCAUACAAGGCACCCUUUUUUUCAAAUACACUGAAUGCUCCAUGAUGGUAUCUGGACGAAGUGUUGUACUUGUCCUAGUAUACAUAGAAAAGAGGAGUAAGAGGAGGGUUUGGCAAAGCAGGGCCUGAAGAUAAAAAAAGGGAAAUCUUCUGACCUCUAAAUCAUGUUAGAGAUGUGUGGAAGUAAUGUACUCAUAUUUACUAUAAACACUUAAGUGUUUCAUAACCAUAGAGACCACAACAUUGUGAGUUAGUCAUGUAGUUGUUUGUCAUUUUAAUUUCAAUAUCUGUGAUGCUUGAUGUUUUAUUUAGUUUCUCCAAAAUGCAUACCUGUCUUUAAAAGAUGAGUUACUCUAGCCUAAGAAGUAAUUUGACUUCAUAUCUUUUUCAUUCAUCCAAUGAAUUGGCUAAUGUUAACUCCAUUAACUUAACUGUUGGUUUAUUUGUCUUUUUAAACCAAUGCUUCAUUUUAACUUAUCUACAACAGAGGAUUUGUGUAUUUUGUGGGGUAGCCUAUGUACAGAAUACAAUAUUAAACAAAAUCGUACUCAUACUGCACAUGAAAGGAAUUGCAAUCCUUACACAAGCGCAU